AUGAUAGGACGACCUUUGAGUGAAGUAUUGGAUAUGAAGUUGUUUGAUAAUAGAAAGAUAUGCAUUGAUGAGGUUUUACCUCAGAAUGUAGAUUUUCUUGUUGUUGAGAUGUCUGAUGCUUUGAAGGCAUGUAUAUUUGCAUUUAACGAAAGCUCUGAUCAUUACAAAAAGAUUGCACUGCGGCAUGGAUGGGAGGUGGAAGUGAAGUCUGUAUAUGAGUGUAGCUAUGUGAAUUCUGGUAUUUUAGAUGAUGUUUGGUGUGCAUUGAAUGUACAUGGAUGCGAUGCAAGUGGAUGGAUUGACGUGUACAGGUCGAAUACAUGCAAAAUGAACGACUGGUACAAGUAUGAUAUUAUUGUGAGAGUUGAGCCAUUAAGUAGUGGGAUUUCAACAGAAAUAGAUGGAAGAAUAGUUGUUUUUGAUAGGGAAAGAGAGUAUGUGAAAGCGAAGUAUAAGAUUCUUGGGAAUAAGGUUGUCUAUUACAUCGAAUGA